UAAAUGUUGUAUUUAAAAAAGAAAUUUUUAAUAAGGCAAAAAAAAGAAAUCUUUUAGAAAAAGAAAUUUACAAAUUAUUCAUUAGUCAAUGUAAAAAUAUUAAAGAAUUAGAGUGGCAAACUUCUAAACCUCUACCAUUAUUUUCAGGAGCCCUAACAUGUUUCCCUCAACUCUAUAAUCUAAGUAUUGAUUUAUAUUCAGUAAAUUCCAACAAUCUUCGUGAGAUGGCAGAGAUUUGCAAAGAUUUAAACAAAUUAUGUGUUUACAAUUAUUCUCAAAGUGUUCCCGGGUUGAUUUCUUUAAUUGAUGCACAAAGAAAUUUAAAAAGUUUUUCAUUUAGUUCUCAUAUUAAGAAAGGAAUAACAUGUGAAGAACUAAGUACAGCAUUAACAAGAAAAGGUCGUACAAUUAAUAAUCUUUUUUUACAUGGUUCAAUUGGGGUUAUUUCACAUUCAUUUUUAACGUCACUUAUCAAUCUAAAAGAUUUAACAAUUUAUCAUGAUUGUGAAAGUUAUAAAGGAAUUAAAGAAUUCCAAAAAUAUUUAGCAAAUUCAGAAUUUCCAGAUCUCAACUCACUUGGUAUAUAUGAUGAUUUUUUAUGUUUUAAGGAAAUGGCAAUGUUAAUUGAAAAAACCAAAGGAAAUAUUUCAUAUUUCUCUGUUUAUACAUCUAAUAAAUCUGCUGAGGGUACAGGAAUGUUAAUUAAUGCUAUUUCUAAUUUUUGUCCAAAGAUAGAAUACCUAACUACAUAUCUUGGUCCUAAAGAUUUAAUUUAUGUAAAAGCAUUAUUAAUGAAUUGCAAAAAUUUAUUAAGUUUACAUCUUAAUAGUUUGAAUGAGACUAGCGAUAUAGGAGAUGAAUUAUUAGAUAAUUUAACAAAAUUUUCUCCAAAAUCUUUAACUUAUGUAACAAUUAGUGGGGAUUGGAAGUAUUCUAUUGAUGCUUUUAAAAAAUUUUUUGAAAGUUAUAGGGAACGAAAAUUACUUUGUUUUAAUAUCGAUAAUUAUAUUGGAGAACAUUUUACAACAGAACAUACAGAUGUUGUUAAAAAAUACUUUAAUGAAGAGAUAAUAGUAAAUUCAAAUCUUUUAUUUUAAUUAUAUAUUCGUCCGGAAGUUAUCUUAUAUGUAAGAGCUCGUGAUCCUGUAAAUUUACGUAGGUUUACAAAAAAAUUUCCUGAUGUUUAUUAAGAUAAUUACAUAAUUACAAGUAUUAGUUCAAUGAAGCUUAAAAAUCAAAAUUAGCAUAAGGUUUGCGACUUAAUAAGGAUUAUUAUAGAAAUUACUUGUAUAUUUUUAAAAAAAUAAAAUAAGAAUCCCUUUCGCUGACAUAUAAAUGUUUAUAAAGAAAUUUGCUCGUCUUGUAACAAAUGAAGUGAAGUUAUCGUAAAAGAUAACAUUUACGUUACAUAAGCGUAAAGUGUAAACUUUUUUUCAAAUUUUAUUGAAAUUAUUCCUUAAUUCGGACAUAAUGGUGGAUUCGACCUAUGAAAAU